AUGGGAAAGGGAAAAAAGAAAGCCACCGAACCUCUCAAGCCCCUCGACGAAUCUUCGGAUGAGAACAACAUGGUGUCCGAGAAUGUGUUUGACAUAUACAGUGCCCCCGAGGCUCCUGAAGCUCCCUCGAGCAAGAAGAAAACGAGCAAGCGGCAUCCCGAGGAAAGCAGUAAAGCGCCUCCGGCCAAGAAAACUCGUACUGCAGGCCCUUCGGUAGACGAACCUUCAAAAAAUGUAACACCACCUCCUUCUCCUCUCGAGCAACAAACUCCUCCUGCUCCUGUCGGGUCAACACCUUCUCCACCGGCCCCAACCAACCAGACUCAGCAGGCUGCUCCUGCUUCCACAGGGGGCGACAUAUCGAGUCGUGCCUUAAGAUCAAUCAAUGACAAGGUGGCCAAAAUUUUGAAGCAUGAACAUUGCUGA